AUGGCUUCAAGCUCUCCAGUUGUUCUCAUUUUCGGUGCUGGUAGCAAUAUUGGUAGCCAUGUUGCUCGUGCAUUUGCUGCCAAGAAUUACAAAGUCGCGCUUGUGGCUAGAAAAUUGAAGGAAGCAGAGAGUACACCAGAUCAGCUUCACAUUCAAGGGGAUUUGUCCGACCCCAGCGCUGUGAUUGAUGCUUUUGCCAAGGUGAAAGCAGCAUUUGGUCUACCAAGUGUUGUUGUAUACAAUGCUGCUGCUCUAACGCCAAACGACAGCAAAAGUCCACUCUCUCUGGGUCUACCGGACUUUGUUCGUGACCUUAACAUCAACACCACGAGCGCCUUCGUCGCAGCCCAACAAGCAGUAAACGCCUUCGAAAUGCUAUCCAGCUCUGCUUCAAGGACCUUCAUUUACACUGGCAAUCUCCUCAAUACCGCGCCAAUUGCCAGUUUGCUCGAUCUUGGGGUGGGAAAGUCAGCAACGGCACAUAUAAUUCACUCUGCGUCGAUUGCUUAUAAAGACCGAGGCUUCAAGUUCUACUACGCAGAUGAGCGAACGGCCAAUGGGGGGGCAGCCUUUGCCGUUGAUGGCGAAGCACACGCAAAGCUGUUCACUCAGUUGGCCGAAGACCCAGCUCAGGGUCCAUGGCAAGAAAUCGAGCGUCUCCAAGCGCGAGUCAGGGAGCUCGAAAGGCAACCCCAGAAUUCAAAGCACACUACUAAUCAUCCAUCGGUCAGCUCCACCUCAGCACUUGUAUCAUCAUCAUCCCCGCCUCUUGACAUAGCGGGAGCGGUUACCAAAGGAGAAGAAAGAAGAAGGCUGUUAGAAGGAAUUUACACCAGCACAACUCAGUCAAAUCAAAGCCAGUGGUACGGGCCAUCGUCCUCCUUUUUUUUCAUCGGGCGAAUGAGCACCUAUAUGAGUACGGUGCUCAACCAGCCUCAACUCGACCGUCAUAUGUAUCCAGAUACCGCCAGCAAAGUGUCUCCUAGUGCACUGGCUUCAAAGCAGGGCAGCGACAACCUUGAGAAUAAUUCUAUGUCUAUCGAUCGCGCAUCAUCAGAUGGAUAUCUGACGGCAACUCAGGAGGACUACUUUCUAGAUUUAUUCUGGCAAUCAUAUCAUUGCACUGUUCAAAUUGUAGAUGAAAGCGAAUUUCGCCAGCAUUAUCGAUCUCUAUGGUCGGCUUCUUCUGCAUUGCGGGAACCAUGUGCGCUUGUCGACAUCAUACUGGCUCUCUGUAUUCAGUGUGGAAUUGCUCUCAUGCCUCGAAAUAACGACGGCAUAGAGAGCAGAUUAGAUACAGGAGGGAAUGACGCAAGCAUUGCUGGGAGGUUGUAUUAUCGACGAUCGCAAAUGCUUCUAUCAUCUGAUCUGGAAAGUCCGACCAUGAUGACUUUGCAAUGUCAUAUUUUUUCCGUCAUAUAUCUCUGUAAUGCGUCUUUUACGAACAUGGCUCAUACUACUCUUGCUAUUGCUGUGCGGACAGCUCACAUCCUCGGCUUGCAUUUAGAGCCCCCGGAAGCGAUACCCCGACCUCGGAGAGAGUUACGCAAACGCUUAUGGUGGGCUUUAUAUGUCAUUGAAAGCAAGAUAUGUAUGAAAUUAGGACGGCCAUGGUGUGCUCAAAUUUCGGAGGGGACCUGCCAACUUCCGGCAGAUGAUCGCGAACUGGCUUUGGUCUCAGGCUCCAAUUUUGGCAUGUAUGGUAAUAAUGUGACAUGGUUGACAUACAGUCUAUUCAACGCCAAGCUGAUUCUUGCUGCUCGUGCUGUCUAUAUUGGUUUCUCUGACAAAUGCGCAGACAUUCUCGCCAUUAAUGACGGGAAGAGCCUCUACACGGAUUUUCAAAGCCUAGAAACCUGUGCGGAGUUUCUUGCAGGUAAGAUGGAAGUACUUCAUAACUGGGCCCAAAGUGUUCCAAAUGCGCUAAAAAAUAAACGAAAACGGGAGGGUAGCCCAUUAUCAAUCGAUGGACCUGCCCUUGAGGUGGAGAUGUUUGCACCGACAUGGCUUCAGCGACAGCGUAUCGUUCUUGAGUUGCUUUACCAUAACCUUUCGAUGAACCUGUACCGACCUUUUAUCUAUUUUUCAUCAAAGACAAAAGAAUAUUCCUCAUUAAAUAUACCCUAUCCCAUGACCGAAAAAGCAUUUCAAUGGGCGUGGAAUGCUAGUCUGUCUCUUGUAGGCUUUCUCGUUGCCUAUCCGAUGUCCCCGUUGAUCCAAGCUGUCCGCGAUGCAAUCAAUGACGCUAUUCUCAUCUUCGAGAUUUUCGGAAACUCUUUCUCCGUUGCAACUAGCGCUGCCAAAGUGACUCAUGAACUGGUUGUAAAGGCGGAUCUCGUUAUUGAUCAAAUUUUUAAUCAGGGGGCGUCUUCGAAUAUCUUAUUAUAUGAUAAUCUCGGACUGCAACCCUCCUAUGAAGGGCCGAAACAGACCGGCAUGGAUCAGGUAGGUAUAUCAUUUGAGAACGUACCAGCAGAUAUGUUCCCAAUUACCAGUUCCAUGGAUAUGGCGUUGUCAGUGGAUUCAUUCUAUUCCUUUGACCCGUUGUAUGCCGGGGCCACCAACCUAGCAGCUGAGUGGGUCUUUGGCCAAAGCGAAGUAUAA